AUGGGCUGCUGUCAAUCAAACGAAGUACACGAUGGCAAGGCACGAAACGAAGAGAUUGAGAAUCAGCUCAAGCGAGACAAGCUCAACAUGCGCAAUGAAGUCAAAAUGCUGUUGCUAGGUGCUGGUGAGUCGGGUAAAUCGACUAUUCUCAAGCAAAUGAAAUUGAUCCAUGACGGUGGUUACUCACGUGACGAACGAGAGGCAUUCAAGGAAAUUAUUUUCUCAAACACCGUCCAGUCCAUGCGAGUCAUUCUGGAAGCGAUGGAUAACAUGGGUGUAGCACUGGCGCAGUCAGCGAACCGCCAGCAUGCCGGUGUUAUUAUGGAAAUGCCUUCACAGAUCGAGCGCGAGUCUUUACCCAACGAUGUGACCUUGGCGGUCAAAACCUUGUGGAAAGAUACGAAUCUGAUGAGCGUCUUUGAUCGCAGCAGGGAAUACCAGCUCAAUGAUUCAGCAAAAUACUACUUUGACUCAAUCGACCGUAUUGGUGAUAUCAACUAUGUACCAACGGAUCAAGACGUACUACGUUCCCGUGUAAAAACCACGGGUAUCACCGAGACCACCUUCGUGAUUGGUGAAUUAACAUACCGCAUGUUUGACGUGGGUGGGCAGCGGUCUGAGCGUAAGAAAUGGAUCCACUGCUUUGAAAAUGUCACUGCCAUUAUUUUUCUGGUGGCCAUUUCUGAAUACGAUCAAGUGCUGAUUGAAGACGAGACUGUGAACCGUAUGCAGGAGGCAUUGACGUUAUUUGAUUCGAUCUGCAACUCGCGAUGGUUCGUCAAGACAUCCGUCAUUCUGUUCCUGAACAAAAUCGAUAUUUUCAAAGAGAAAUUACCCAAACACCCGUUAGCAGAAAGCUUUACCGACUUUAACGGGCCCGAGACGUACGAUGCAGCCAGUGACUAUAUCUUGAAUCGAUUCGUCUCGCUGAACCAGUCCGAUUCCAAGCAGAUUUACACCCACUUUACUUGCGCGACAGACACGCAACAGAUUAGGUUUGUCAUGGCAGCAGUCAACGAUAUCAUUAUCCAAAACAACCUGCGUGAAGGCGGUUUGCUGUAA